GGGCGAUAUUAGCCACAGGAUCGAGUAUUAUGGGGCGGCGAUGCUUUUCAUCCACACCGUUAACGAGACGUCGCGUUUAGAAAACCUGUAAUAAUCUGCAGCAGGACACGGAUUUUGGCCGAUACUUUUGUACCAGACAGUGAUCUUGUUGUACUGACUGCAGUAAAGACAGCAGUGUGAGAUGGUCCGGAACAGUUUAAUGAGCACCGCGGAGGACGUGGCGGAUCAGUUCUUGCGAGUGACGAAGCAGUACCUUCCCCAUGUAGCGAGAUUGUGUCUGAUCAGCACCUUCCUAGAAGAUGGUAUCAGGAUGUGGUUCCAGUGGAGUGAGCAGAAAGAGUACAUUGAGAGCUCUUGGGGCUGUGGCUUCUUCCUCGCCUCACUUUUCGUCUUAAUAAAUUUACUGGGCCAGCUGGGAGGUUGUGUAUUGAUCCUGAGCAGAAAUUUUGUGGAAUAUGCCUGUUUUGGAUUAUUUGGAAUCAUUGGAUUGCAGACAAUUGCCUACAGCAUUUUGUGGGACCCAAAGUUUUUGAUGAGGAACCUGGCACUUGGGGGUGGCUUGCUGUUACUUCUGGCUGAGUCACGUUCAGAAGGCAGAAGCAUGUUUGCUGGAGUUCCCACGGUGCGAGAGAGCUCUCCUAAGCAGUACAUGCAGCUCGGAGGACGUGUUCUGCUUGUACUAAUGUUCAUGACCCUGCUCCAUUUUGAUGCCAACUUCCUCUCUAUCUUACAGAACCUUGUGGGCACAGCUCUAAUUAUCCUGGUGGCCAUCGGGUUUAAGACAAAGCUGGCUGCUCUCACUCUGGUUGUCUGGCUUUUCAUCAUCAAUGUUUACUUCAAUGCCUUCUGGACCAUUCCGACUUACAGGCCUAUGCAUGACUUCCUCAAGUAUGACUUCUUCCAGACCACAUCUGUGAUCGGAGGUCUGCUGCUUGUGGUAGCACGAGGUCCCGGUGGAGUCUCCAUGGACGAGAAGAAGAAGGAGUGGUGAGACUGGCAAACUUCAAAUGGCUCUCUUGCUCACUCUAUAGUGUGUGCUCAGCGUAGAUUCAUGCAGCGUUAUCAAUCAAAACAAGAGCACUAUACAGGGAGUGAUGAGCAGUUUGAGACACAUGGCCUGUAGUGAAGGAACCCAGAAACCAACAACAUGACUUACUCUACACUUCUGCAGCCCAAGCACUGUCUCACUCUUCUGUGGUUUCAGUGUGUUUUCUUCAUUUCCACAGGCACUUUUAGGCGUUAUAAUUUUUGUCAUAUUUAUUAGCAACAAAUAUGGCCAGAACAUUUGUUUUCCACUCUUGUUACUAUAGUCAUUAUCUGGUACGUUAGUAUAACAUUUUAAUAUUUCCAGAAAAUCUCCUCUGUUUGUGGUGCCACUCAUCAAGUCCACUGACCAAAGACACAUUCCAUUUUCUACUUUUUAUUUUUAUAUACAAACAACUCUGGCUGCUCUGGUGUUAACGGAGACCUGUUGCUGAUUAAAUCUAUUAAACAUUAUUAUAUAUUGAUGUUAUUAAGUGAUAAUAGCAUCAAGGUUUCAAUUGCUUGGCCUUGUAAGCACGCCAGUAAUGGGUACUUUUACAUCACUUGGCUGUUUAUGAAUGUAUCAUCAUAACUGCUAAAUCAAACCGAAUGGUUCCAUUGUGUAAGGCUCAGUGUGUGUGACAGCAGAUAUGUUCACCACUACAGCUCAGGAGUACAACAGGCAAGAACUAAGAGAUUAACAAAACAAGAUGUGCGUUUUCUAUUAUUUAAAAAAAAUAUAAACUAUAAUCUAUGACCACCCUUAAUGACCUUUUAGACUCUUUUUUUGUUUUGUUUUUUACAUAAUUGUUUUCCACACCUAUAUAGAUGUUGAUUUUAUUAUGUCAGUAUAUGGCAUUGUUAACUGUGUGUAAACUGUUGUCAGGUCAAUAAAGUUUACAGUAGCUGUGUAUUUUUUCAAAACAAGCAAGAAUUUUAAAUAAAUGAAACCCUGUGAUUUGC